UAAUGAUAGAUUACUUUGGGGUUUUCUGAUAAGAUUUUAGAGGAAACACUGAAAAUUUAAAUCUUAUUCAAACCAAAAAUAUGUUACAAAAUAGUUUUAAAACUAUGGGGCAGUACUGCCCCAUAGUAGUGUGUGAACAUACAGCCUAGUUUUGAGCUUGUCAGCUCAUGUUUAACCUGUAAAAUGAGAACUUGAUAACAACGAGAGAGAGAGAGAGAGAGAGAGAGAGAGAGAGAGAGAGAGAGAGAGAGACAGACAGACAGAGAGAGAGAGAGAGAGAGAGAGAGAGAGAGAGAGACUGAGACUUCUCAUCUGUCAUACCCAAGUCCAGCCCCUGUAGUUUUUCAAUUUCAGCUUUACAUACUCUUGGCUGGGAGUGAAAGAGAGAGAGAAGGUUUAGCAGCCACAUUUCCCAGGUUCCAGGUUUUCCUAUCGUGUACACCUACGCUUUUGGGUGCUAUGAUUGGAAUUGGCCUCACAUCUGCUUCUGGCCAUAUAUAGUAUGUUUCUCUGGGACUGAAGAAAAAAAUCACAGAAACUAUUUGUCUGGAGUGCAGUCAGAGCCACACGCACACACCUCGCUGUCUAUGUUUAGAGAGAGUGUUCCUGAACCUGGGAUUAUUUUUUUUUAUGGAGGAAGGGUUUCCAGGUGAUUUUCUCCUCCCACUGUCCUGAAGUGAUUUGCAAGCACAGUGGGUGCAUGCAGAGAGCCACAUGCAAUGGUCUUGCUGGGAAGUAGAUAAUGGCAACUGCAGUUUAUCAGGUAUCCACGUCCUGUGUGCCUACUGCAAACUAUGAACUGCCUCCCAGCAAUGAUAUUGCACUGAAGCAUGUAGACACAACGGGUUCAACAAAAUCGGCUAAGAGUGUGGAGUCCCGACGCAGACCUUCACGGAGCGUGAGUCUAAUCCAAGCCAUGGAUGAGAGCUACGAUGUGGAUCUGGUCUACAUCACAGAGCGCAUCAUUUCCGUCUCGUUCCCCAGUGGCGCUGAGCAGCAGAGCUACAGGGCCAACCUGAAGGAGGUGGCGCAGAUGCUGAGGUCUAAACAUGGAGACAACUACUUGCUCUUUAACCUCAGCGAGAAACGGUAUGACAUCACCAAGUUCAACCCAAAGGUGUUGGAUUUUGGCUGGCCGGAUCACCAUGCCCCAGCGCUUGAUAAGAUCUGCAGCAUCUGUAAAGCCAUGGACACUUGGCUCAAUGCAGACCCUCACAAUGUGGUGGUUCUGCAUAACAAGGGUAAUCGUGGACGGACUGGUGUGGUUAUAGCAGCUUACAUGCACUACAGCAACAUAUCUGCCAGUGCAAACCAAGCGCUGGACAGGUUUGCUAUGAAGAGGUUUUAUGAAGACAAAGUACUUCCUGUGGGCCAGCCCUCCCAGAAGAGAUACGUACAGUACUUCAGUGGCUUGCUGUCAGGAGCCAUCAAAAUUAACAACAAGCCUUUGUUUUUGCACCACGUCAUCAUGCAUGGGAUCCCAAACUUCGAAUCCAAAGGAGGUUGCCGCCCUUUCCUCAAGAUUUACCAGGCAAUGCAGCCAGUCUACACAUCUGGGAUCUACAAUGUACAAGGAGAUGGCCAAACCAGUAUCUGCAUCACCAUUGAACCAGGGCUUCUUCUCAAAGGAGAUAUUAUGCUGAAGUGUUACCACAAGCGGUUCCGCAGCCCAACGCGUGACGUCAUUUUCCGAGUGCAGUUCCACACCUGUGCCAUCCAUGACCUGGGGGUCGUCUUUGGCAAGGACGAGCUUGACGAAACCUUUAAAGAUGACAGGUUCCCUGAAUAUGGAAAAGUGGAGUUUGUCUUCUCAUUUGGCCCAGAGAAAAUACAAGGAAUGGACCACCUGGAGAAUGGCCCAAGUGUCUCAGUGGACUACAACACCCAGGACCCUCUCAUCCGUUGGGACUCCUACGAGAACUUCAACCAGCGCUGUGAGGACACCAAUGAAGAACUUCACACACAAGGUCCACUUGACGGUAGUCUUUACGCCAAGGUUCGCAAGAAGGAUUCUAUUGUCGGGUGUGGGGGUGCGGUCAGUGCCAACGGCCUCCCAGCAGUUGAUCACGCUCUGUCGGUAAGCAGUGACUCAGGAAACUCUACCGCCUCCAUUAAAACUGACCGGACUGAUGACCCUGGACAGCAGGCUGCAACGGUCACCCAACCUCUGAGCCCAGAGGAGAAGAAAGAACUAGAUCAACUUCUGAGUGGCUUGGAGGCGCCCAUGCAUCGGCAAGCUUUACUGGUGGCAGCGGCAGGAGGGGGUGGAGGAGGAAUGCGGCAUCUAGUGCCGGCACAAGUUCACGUGAAUGGGCACAGUGUGGAGCGGGAGACUGACAUCCUGGACGAUGAACUGCCUAACAGCCAGGAAGCUAACAGCGUGGACAGCUUAGGAACAUUGUCUUCCUUUGAAGGCCGAGCAACGCCGGCAGAACUCUACUUUCAAACCGAGACGGUUAUAAACGGACAAGAAGGUCCAUAUCUGGAGAAGACCAUGCUAGAGAAGGUGGCAGAGAUGCCUGGGCAUCGGAUUCGAAGCUCGUCCUCGGCGCAAGAACGCCUUAUGGACACUUCCGUGGUUUCGCCGCAGAGCUAUGCCAACCAAAAUGGUGGCAUUUACCGCUCACAGUCCUUUGGUUCUGCCACUGUUCCCAGCUAUGAUGUUGCCCCUAAGCUAAUGCCUAGAGCUCCAGCCAGAAGCACAAGCAGUAGAGAUGCAGUGCAGAGGGGUCUAAACGUUUGGCAACAGCAGGGGCAACCGGACGAGGUGGUCCCAGAGGCAGCCCAAUUGAACCCAGUUCUGCAGAGCCACAGUCUGCCUGAGUUCCCAGACACGGCUUCCCAGCAGGAGAUCGAACAGUCUAUUGAGGCGCUUAACAUGCUCAUGCUCGACCUGGACCCGGCCUUGACCCAGGUGCCCAAGUCGUACAGUGCCCCCCUGUCCUCUGCUUCAGUCUCGGUGGGGGGAAACAGUGUGGUCACCACUCAGCCUGUCAUCUUUGCUCAGGCACCAACCAGAUCCCUCAACACUUUCCAAGCAGAUACGUAUGUUCCAUCCUAUGCAGAAGACCCGUCUGCCACAUUCGGUCAAAUGCAACAAAGGCCUUCCAAUGCUUACCCACCAAGCACUGCAGGCCCAUCUUACAUACCAGAUCAGUCUGCCACAUUAGGUCGAGCACAUCCCUCCAAUACCUAUCCGGUGAGCACUGUGGCACAGGCUUAUUCAACAGAACCAUCUCCCACAUUCAGUCAGGGGCCACAGAGGUCUACCAACACUUACCAAGCUAGCCCUGCCGUCCCAUCCCACCCAACAGAACCUUACAACUCCUUCAAUCAAGUGCAACAGAGGCCGACUAAUGCUUACCCAGCACACAAUGCAGUCCCUUCCUACACAACAGAACCAUCCAACGCAUUUGGCCAACUGCAACUGAGACCUCUCAACACUUACCCUGUAAACACAGCAUCCCCGGCCUACUCCCCUGACCUCCAGGAGCUUGAUUACCACAUCUCCCCAUGCCCCCAGGGACCCCCUCGCAGCCAGAGCAUGGGUGGGGGCAGUACCUCGUCCUCCCCUCUCCCCCCUCUAAACGCCCAGUCACCUGCCUUACCCAAGGCAGUAGAGCCAGAUGAGGAACGCUAUAACCUGGAGGGGAUUGUGGCCCACCGUGUGGCUGAGUACAACGCUCGGAUCAAUGGCAUCUGUCAAAGCAUGAACCCUCGACAACCUCUCCAUCGCCUCCGUUCUUACUCCUUCUCCGGUGUAAGAUCCCGCGGAAUGUCUCCUGACGAAUCGUCCGCUCCCGUGAGGCGUCGAACGACCAGCGAGGGACAGUAUGAGAACGGGCAGGAUACAGGCUCCGGCCACGGCAGCACUGUCCGCUCCCCGAUUCGCUGCGUCUCUCCCGAGGUGGUGAACUCCAUCGCCGCUAACCCGGGGGGAAGACCAAAGGAGCUUCACAUGCACAGUUAUCGGGAAGCAUUUGAAGAAAUGGACGGGACUCCUCUAAGUCCCACGACCAGCAGUGGUGGUGAGGUUUUCCCCCAAACCCCAGCUUUUCCCGUCUCACCACAAACCCCUUACUACAACCUGACUCGCUCACCCCCUGGCCUCGCGAAAACCCCCCUGUCAGCCCUGGGACUAAAGCCCCACAACCCAGCUGAGAUCCUACUGCAGCAGUCUGGACAAGAACCCAGGAGUUACGUGGAGUCUGUCGCCCGGACUGCCACAGGGGGAGGAGGUGGCCAACAGAGCUCGACCGUGCCACCAAGCUACAGUCCUGGGAGGCAUGCAGCCCCCUCCCACACCUUCACCUCCCCCCUGUCCACCAGCAGCCCCAUCCACAGCGUUGACAGCAGUUACCCCUCUGCUGACAGCAGUGUCCAAAUGGGCACCCCCACACACCCAAUGGUCGACUCGAGUUUCCGCUCACAGCCAUCAGAGAGCACCUACCGCACACCAACUCCUUCCUACCCAGGAGCAGGCGGCGUGCCGGGCAGCUACAUGGGUCCUGACUACAGCCCCUACCAGCCUGAGGGUCCUCAGGUUAGCGUAAUGGGUGUUCACAAUGUGCCAGGAAGCCCCCACACCCUCCACCGAACGGUGGCCACCAACACACCUCCAAGCCCAGCCCUGGCAAGAAGGAUGGUCAACCAGGGGAGCCCAGCUAUGGGGCGCAACGUGGUCGCUGCAAACAGUAGUGAACCUGGCACUCCAAACAGUCCCAUACUCGGCAGGCAUCCAAUGGUGACCCAAAUGACCCCAGGAAGCCCAAGUCUGGAGAGACACGUCAUGUGCGGUUAUUCCAGCCCAGACGAGAGGCAUGGCACACUGUCACGGCAAAGCAGCUCGUCUGGAUACCAUCCCCCCUCAACGCCGACCUUCCCCAUCACCACAGCUGGCUAUGCAGAGAGCACGGGGCUCCGCCAGGGCAGCCCAGCCCCUCAGCCUGUGCUCCCAGAGAAGAGACGCAUGUCCAGCGGGGAGCGCCCCAAUGGUGUGUUGUCCUACGGCACUCUUAAUGGAAAGAUGUCCUCGCCAGUUUCCAGUGGGGGCAGCACGCCUAGCGCAGCAUUUUCCCAUACUUUGCCAGACUUCUCCAAGCUCACUAUGUAUGAUGGAAGCCCGGAGACCAGGGCCAAUGUGAAGUUUGUGCAGGAUACGUCCAAGUUCUGGUACAAGCCUGAAAUUUCUCGGGAGCAAGCAAUUGGCCUGCUGCGCGAUCGAGAGCCAGGAGCCUUUGUGAUCCGAGACAGCCACUCGUUCAGGGGUGCCUAUGGUCUGGCCAUGAAGGUAGCUUCUCCUCCCCCCACCGUGGUGCAGCAAAACAAGAAAGGUGACAUAACCACUGAGCUGGUGAGACACUUUCUGAUAGAGACAAGCCCCAAGGGGGUGAAGCUUAAAGGGUGCCAGAAUGAACCUUACUUUGGGUGCCUGUCUGCACUGGUGUACCAGCACUCCAUCACACCAUUGGCUCUGCCUUGCAAGCUUGUUAUCCCAGCACAAGAUCCUAAUGAUGACACCCCAGAAACAUCAACGCCCUCAAAUUCGGCCCCAGAGCUUCUCAAGCAGGGAGCAGGACAGAGAGUCCCUCCUGCUGCCCAUGCAUGCAAUGUUCUCUAUUUGAACUCCGUGGACAUGGAAUCCCUUACUGGUCCCCAGGCCGUUGCCAAGGCGAUCUCAGAGACUCUCUCAGCGAACCCACCACCCACUGCCACCAUCGUUCACUUCAAAGUAUCUACACAAGGCAUCACACUCACUGACAACCAGAGGAAGCUUUUCUUCCGUCGCCACUAUCCCAUAAACACAGUCACGUUCUGUGACCUGGAUCCACAGGAGAGAAAAUGGAACAAGGCUGAUGGAGGCACAGCAAAGUUCUUUGGAUUUGUGGCUCGUAAACAAGGAAGCACGACAGAUAAUGUCAGCCACCUCUUUGCAGAGAUGGACCCAGACCAGCCUGCCACCGCUAUUGUCAACUUUGUCUCCAAGGUGAUGCUUGACAACCAGAAACGAUGAGCUCCCAGUGUCGGCCAUUUUGUGUUUCAUGAGUCAGGAGGUGUUUUUUGUUUGUUUUUUUUUUAUUUUUUAUUUUGUGCUAGUGUUCCUUUGUAUUGUUCUUGGAAGGACUUGGAGUUGAUCCGAGAUGGAGACAGAGAAAGUGCAUCACGGGAUAGUGGCAGUGCUGGUGGUAGGGGAAGAUCUCGAUUUAUCGCAACAAAAGAAAAAGGUCAGGGAACUUCCUUUUGAUGGGAAGUAACAAAAGCAAAGUUGAGCGAAUGGGAUACUGAAAUCUAACCAGCUUUUGGAUUGAUUAAUCAAAGAUAGGCAUUGCUUUAAAACCCCAAAGAGAAACUUGCCAUGCUUAAUUAAAAAACAGACCUUGGCGAUUUUAACAUAUAAAACAUACCUUAACAACCAGUGAUUUCUAUUUGAAGAUAUUGGUCUUUAACAGUGUUUAGAAAAUUACAAAUGGCAUCUGCUCAUCCUUAUGAAGAGAACAUAAGAUAAUAUGCAUGUACACUUGGUGUACCAAUAAAAUGUAUAUAGUCAUUUAUAAUGCCCAGAAUGGUCACUGGGCUCUGUUAACAGGUAGUGCAUGCUUAAAGGGCUGCAGCUAUCUUCACUCCUCUAAAUAUAGUCAACCAAAUCUGUAAUUGAUGGAGGCAACACCAUAUAUUGGUUGGUAACCGCAAUGAUAGAGCAGAGAUUAUUAUCUAGAGUGAUUUGUUAAUCCCAGAACAUGGAGAUUUCAGUGGUCGGAGGUGGAUUACUCUUGCCUGUGAACACAGGACUCCUGAAUGUACUGCAUUUAGCUGUAGUCUUGUUAUUAGGCUUUGCUUUUCUUUCUGAAGAGGGUGAAGUGCCUGGCAGAAUAAAAAUUUGAAAUGGCUUUUCCUUCUCAAACACACACCGUUCUUCAAGAGACACAAAAACACAAAACUAGGUGCAAAUAAAAUCAAAGUGGUGCCCUUUUUAUUGCCAAAAAAAGUAUGAUUUACUUCAGAUUUAGACUCAUAUUUAGUGGUAACCUACCAUAUUCAGUAUUAGAACUAAAAGAACUGCUAGAUAUACCUACACCAACUAUGAAAUGUUGCUUGUAGAAAUGUCGACCAUACAAACAGUCACAGCCAGGGGAAUAUAAAAUUAUAUAUUAAACCCCUGUCGGUUUUUGGUCUAUUUGCAAAAAGACUCCCAUGUCUUAGAAGCCUGAGAUGAAGACUUAAGAGCCAAAGUAUACUACAUCUUAUUUCAGCCACUGUGUGAGCAAGAACACUUUUUGAAACUAGACUAUUGCGCUGGAGCAGUUGAUGGACCGCUUCAGUGUCUUUUGAGAAAGUCAGUAAAAAAAAAAAAAAAAAGAACAUUUCUCUUAAUAGGAAUGACGUUUUUUUUCAUAGUCAGCAGGAUAAACAGAGGAAAGAUUAUUGAAUCAAAUGUAUUUUUGAAUUUUUAUUUCUACAAGUACUAGAAUUGAAGGACCUUUUUCACUGAGUUUCGGAGGACAAGCCAUUUUCACUGUCAAAGGGUAGCUCUUCUCUCUUUAGACGCAAAUACAAAUAUAGCUACAACAUCCUAUAAGUAGAGAAAUAUUCCUAUCACUGCUCAAGAAAUGGCCUUAUAAAUAUAUAUUAAACCGAAAAGUUAAGUAAGCUACUCAAAUAUAUAUUAAAAAAAAAAAAAAAAAAGUUACUAAAUAUUUAUUUUUUGCCAUGUCGCGCUAGUUUAACUCAUAUAUACAAAUCAUGUAUAGUCUACUUAAGAAAAAGCAUUUAAAAAAAAAUAUUUUGGCUAAAAAUGCAAAAUUGACAGAUUUUAACAACAUUUAAGAAAUAUAUAAGAUGUAAAAUGUAUGUAUGUUAAAGCUUGUCACUAUAUAUUUUGAAUAUUGUUUUUUUCACUCCUUUAUUGUGUAUUCUUUCAUAAUAUUCUUCUGUGUCAGUUGAUAAUAGGCAUGUAAAGGGUUAAAUUCACAGAAAGGAUUGAAAAGAAAGGAAAAUAUCUAUCACUGCUUUUAGACUUAUGUGAAUAUAUGCAUUGUAUGCAUUUCAGUACUAAAGUAAAAUAUGUUAUAAGGACAACAUAAGGAACAAACAUGCACCGAUGUAUAUACUAAAGUUAAAGGGAAGGCCAGGAUUUUUUGCACUUGCCAGGUGUUCAAUAGACAAGCACACAGAUGAAUACGGUUUAUUCUUAGCUUAGUUUAUAAUUGGGCUUUUGAAUUUAUGGAUAAAGAAUUGAAUCCUACAUUUUCCACAUUGGUCUGUUUGUUUUACUUGCUGAGAAGAGCAGCUGUUUUCAGAAAGUAAAAAAAAAAGGUACAGUAACAGGAAGGAAACUAUGAAUGAAGAAUUGUGUCAAGUGCAUAGAACCUGGAAUGUCCUCGAAUUCGAGAUUUUGGGUUUAAUUGCUGGUGGGAGUUUUCUGUAUAAAAGGAGCAAAUUAUAAAAGAGCGAAGCGCAGGAAUGAGGCAUGCCAGGUCAUUUAGGAUCCAGCCAACCCAAAAGCUGUAGUGUGCCUUUGCUAUAUUGAUAAAAAAAAGAAGUCUAACAUUGACUACUAAAACAGAAAGAUUAAAAUAUAACAUAUAGACUCAUAGUACUUCAAUUUUAAAAUAUUUUUAUUCAGACCAAUGUGAUACUCAUAAAACAUUUUGUUUGUUUGUUUUAAAUACCAACCAGAUGCCUGACAUUGAUCUACUUUCUACAUUAGACUGCAGUUUUCCGAAAUAUCUUUUCCAAAAGAAACAAAUGGUCCUGGAUUCGAGUUUCAAAGUUAGCUUGGCUUAGGAUUUGCUGCCAUCUUCUGUUGCAAACUGCUAUUACCAUUUGGCAGUCAAUAGAGAGAGAGAGCUAACGUGCCUUAUAGCACGGUUCACUGUACAGUACUGCACUGCAUACUCUUGUAACUGAACAGAAGGAUUUACGGUGGUGUCUUUGUCUGUAAUAGCUGCUGUGAUAAAAUGUAUGUUGCAAACACCAUUCUACUGUAUUCUGUACAUUAUGAUAGCAGAGACAUGUCUAUAUCAGAGAUGAACUACAGUAUAACUUCUAAAUUUCCCAGCUUUUCCAUCCCUGGGCUGCUUUGUCACAGGAGGACAACUGAGCAUUUCUAAGCAAACCCAAGCUUGCCAUGGACACCUCAGCUCACUUAAUAAAAAAUAUAUAUAUAUACAUAUAUAUAUAUAUAUAUAUAUAUAUAUAUAUAUAUAUAUAAUUCACAUCAUUUGGCAAUCAUGUGGAAGACACCAGAGGAAUACUCCCGCAGCGGACAUCUAAGCAUACCUAAGCAUGCCAAAGGGCAUGUGUUAUGUGUGCUUCCAAAAUAAUAUUUAUUUUGGACAUCUAGCUAUAGCACAUUUAAGAUAUUCUGAACAACUGGUCAGUUAUCCCAGAUCUUCACAAGGAGCUUACCUAAGCACACCUGAGCAUAUUGAAGGACAAUAUACUCAAUUUCUUUUUGGACACCCAGGUAUAAAAGUUAGGAUCCCAUACCUGAGCUCAGAUAGCUGGUACCUAUCGCAGUGCUGCUGACUCCAGACCAGCCAAACCCAGCAGAAUGCACUCUUGAAGGAAAAUCUUGUAAGGUCUAGAAGAACUAAUGUCUACACUAGACCAACUUGUAUUGUUAGUGAGUAUUUUUUGGACCACAAGAGCUUCUCCUAAAAUAGAAAUCCACCUGGUCGUCGAAGAACUGUUGUCCGCAGGGCAACACAAUGCAGAAGACAUUGCUGCAAUGCUUUUGUAAAUGGUGCCACUUUGUUAAAAAUGCCAACCAUUACAUACAAGGGAACAGAGAAAGUAUUUUUUUUUUACACACGCAGAAUUACCACUUACUAAGAGCCCAUAAACACAAACACAUGUAUGUCCUUGCCAAAGAAAGAAUGAAAUCGCACUCCCUGGUAUUAGGACAGAAUUCCUCUUAUGUUUUCUUUCUCUUAAACCACCUUGCUGGAAUAUCUAUGUUUAUACAAAUAUUUCUUCAGUUACAUAACAGACAUAUAGUUGGUUUAUAAUAGAAAAGCCACAUCUAUUCAAUAAUCUUUAACAAGGUUUCACAAAAGUCCAAACUUGAAAUUUGUUGUUGUUUUGUUAUUCAUGUGUUCGUGGAUUUCAGAGUUACAUAAGUAGCUUUGGUGAAGUUUUAUUAUUAUUAUUAUUAUUAUUAUUAUUAUUAUUAUUAUUAUUUUUAUUAUUAUUAUUAUUAUUAUUGUUGUUGUUGUUUCUCAUCCUACCUUGCUUUUAAAAUGGUGUACCCUCCCUCACCUCCUUUCAAAAAGAACUGGUGACAUAUGGUACUUCCAAUUUGUCUUCAGACAACUGAUGAGGUGAAUUCAGCCCCACAAAAAACUUUAUGCACUUAAAAGGCUAGGGAGGUAGCUAAACCGAAAGAGCAGUUAGCGAGUAGCAGAUACACUGAGACAAUAAUCAAUCAAAUAAAAUACUUUCACCUGAUUACUUUUUUGACUAGAUUACAUGCAUGCCUAAGCACUUCUUAAUAUUUCUUGAAAUGUCGUCCUUUUUUAAACUACAGACAGUAUAUAAAUAUUACGUAAUGCAUAUAAACUGUGUUUAACUGACAAAUAGCUGUGGAUAGUAGUUUAAGGAUAUACUUUAUUAACUCCAUUGUGCCAAAGAAUGUAAACAUUUUCCAUUUUCCUAACACAAGGUCUUUAUUAGUUUAAUUCUAUUAAAUUAACUUAAAUACAUUAAAAGGUAUUCAUAUGAAUUACUAGAUUAUAAUAGUUAUAAAUUAUAAAUAAUACAUUAUAUAUAUAUAUAUAUAUAUAUAUAUAUAUAUAUAUAUAUAUAUAUAUAUAUAUAUAUAUAUAUAUAUAUAUAUAGUCUGGAUAUGAUAGCAUGUGUUAGAAACUGUAGUCGAAAUACAUCCUGAAAUUUGUGUUGAAGUGUAUUGCUCAUUUGAAAUCCAGCAAUCUAAACGAUUCAGUAAUUGUUGAUUCAGUGAGUCCUCCCAGAUACCAGUGUGCAUUUACAUGCAAACACACAAUUUUUAUACUACAUAUCUGAAGCUCUGAAAUCGCAGAGGAGAACGUCUUGUGUGGUCCCGUGGUUUAAAAAAAAAAGGGCUUGUAACCAGGAGGUCCCUGGUUCAAAUCCCGUCUCACUCACCGACUCACUGUGUGACUUUGAGCAAGUCACGCAACCUCCUUGUGCUCCAUCUUUCGGGUGAGGUGUUAUUGUAAGUGACUCUGCAGCUGAUGCAUAGUUCACACACCCUAGUCUCUGUAAGUUACCUUGAAUAAAGGUGUCUGCUAAGUAAACAAAGAAUAAUAAUAAUAAUAAUAAUAAUAAUAAUAAUAAUAAUAAUAAUAACAAUAAUAAUAAUAAUAAUUGAAAUCUUUCAAAUCUUAAAAGGAACUGUCAAACCCUAGCCAAUACUUUCACCUUAGCAUAGAACUCAUGACAAGAGAACACAGUUGGAAAUGAAGUGGAGACUUAUAGUAGGACAGAGGAUAUGAAACACUUCUUUAUACAGAGAGUGGUAAGAGCAUGGAAUGGAUUCACUCGCCAUGUUGUGAUGCCAAAUCAUUGGGAUAAUGUAAGAACCGACUAGACACAGUUUUGAGAUCAGCCAGUUACUAGAAACCGGACAACACUGAUUGGCCAAAUGGCCUAGUUCGUAAAUGUUCUUAUUCAUAAAAAAAAUAAAAUAGUGCCAGCAAAGUGGUUUAAACGUUUUUGUUUUUAAUUAAUUCUGUUUUCUAUUUUUGUAUUGCAUCUCCAUUGCUGCCACUGUCUUCUUGUGCAUACUUGCUAAUCAGUGUUAUACUUUACUGAUAAAAAAGAAAACCGAAGAAACGACAACCCCGUUUCUGUAUUUAUAUAGAUAGGACAAUAGCAUUUAUUUUCUAUCCCUUGCUCUGCGAGGUACCUGCUUGUUUGAGAUAUCUGUUUUUGGUACAGAAUGUGUGAAUGUGCUAUCAUGGCUGUACAGAACUCUUGUGUAUUUUACUUUGCAUAUUAUAUUGUAUGGCUUUUUUGGUUCUGAAAAAUAAUAAUACAAAAUAAAUAAAAAGCAAUACAAAUCAGUUAUAUUAAAAUAUACCAUUGCUUGA